AUGAAACUCAUUGGAAUGGAAACUAACAUCUACGAAGAAGAACAAGGCUCACCUUAUCUUACAUCUGCCAAGUGCCUGGGGACUCCAAAGGAAGCGAAGUAUGAAGAAUACCAAAGAAAGAUAGAAAAACAGGCAAGUACAUCUGAAUUUCAGAAUGUUUUACUGGAACCCGAGUUGAGUUUGCUGUCUGCGUCAUCCUCAUUAGACCACAAUGAAACAUCCUUGCAACCUGGCACGGCUGCAGGGUGUGUCAGUGCCACCGAUCAGUCUGAGACAAAGCACUUUUGUGAAGAAUUACUGUGUUCUGCAAGGCACAAGCCAAAAGAAGAUCCUUUAAACCUUCCUUUGCACACAGAAUGGCCUGUCCUUCCAGGGAAAAAAUCAGACAAGAAACCAGAAAGGAGUCAUGAGAUCAGAGUCAUAAAACACAAACCAAGUGCUAUCACAUUUUCUGAUUUCGAAUUUUUAUCACAUGAAGCUAAUACUAAACUCCAUAUUUGUGAGGCAGGAGAAGCAGAAGAUUUUUCAUCUGAAGAGGAAGAAGCAGAUGGUAGAGAUGAUGAUGAUGAUGUGUUUACAGAACUGCCACUGUAUGAGGCAUUUUUCAAUGGUCUUCAUAGAAGGAAUGUUUCUCAAAGAAAGCAAGCUAAACAUGAACUUACUAAAUAUCAACACAUCUGUCAUUUAGAAGACUGCGAUGAUCAUUCUGAAAAGGAAUUGAAGGACCAUGACAAGGAAGAAAAACACAUGGAGCUGGAGACCCAACCAGAAAAAGGAUCUGAAUGGUCAGACUCUAUGUCAUGUCUUAUGAAGAAACUGGAAAAGUUGAACUUAGAUAUUGAAGAAGCUCUGAGUGCUGGCUCUUCUCCCUCCAGUACUCCUUCUACCAAAAGGCACAAGCAACUGUGCCCUGUUCAAGCGGAGACAGGCUUUUAUGGAGAUCAUCAAGGAAAGGGAUCUUGGAAAAAUAGAAGAGCAGACUACCAGGAUCUAGAAUGUUUACCUUACCCAGUGUCAACUGGAGCACGACCUAAAACUGAUGUGCUGUUUCAGAAGCUGUGUAAGGAAAAAGCAGAAAUUGAAGCAAAGGAAGCGUGUGACUGGUUACGUGCAGCUGGAUUUCCCCAAUAUGCUCAGUUCUAUGAGGACUCCCAGUUUCCCAUUGACAUUGCUGCAGUAAAGAAAGAUCAUGAUUUUCUUGACAAGGACCUUGUAGAACCGCUUUGCAGACGACUGAACACACUGAACAAGUGCGCCUCAAUGAAACUCGAUGUGAACUUCCAAAGAAAAAAGAGUGAAGAUUCAGAUGAAGAAGACCUCUGUGCUAUCAGUAAUAAAUGGACUUUCCAAAGAACCAGCAGACGAUGGUCUCGGGUGGACGACAUUGAUGCUUUGCUUCACCGAUCAGACAGACAUGGAUCUUCUGGGGACAUUAAAAUGAAAAAUACAACAAGUAGCGAGAGUGUCCUUACAGAUCUGAGUGAACCUGAGGUCUCAUCUAUUCACAGCGAGAGCAGCGGGGGAAGUGACAACAGGAGUCAAUCCGGCAUCAGCAGCGCUGCCAGGGAGACCUGCGACUGCUCUGGCCAGCAUGAUGUAGAAAGCACACUGCUGCAAGACUCCACUGCAAUAAGCACCGCCCUGUCACCCAAGGACAACCUGAAGAAUGAGAAACCACCACGAACCAAAGCAAAAACCUUUCUAAAACGCAUGGAGACACUAAAAGCAAAAGGCGUGCAUGGAAAACUAAAAGGCUCAGGAAGAACGGGUCCUUUAGAGAUAAGUGGACCUGUUCUCCAGUAUGAGCCGAAAUCCUUGAAAGACAUGCACUGUGUACAGAUAGUCAAUGGCGAUCUCCAAAACUUAGGACAAGAUUCAGUCAAAAGAGGACUUUCCUUUUCUGCCAAAUCCAGCAGUGACAGCAGUCAGUCUGAAAACAGCAGCAGUGGGGUGAGCACACCGUGUUUGAAGGAACGCAAAUGCCAUGAAGCAAACAAGAGAGGUGGGAUGUACCUGGAGGACCUAGAUGUUCUGGCAGGAACAGCCUUACGGCAAGUGGUGGACCAAAACCGCAAAAAUGAAUUUCAUUCCCAAGAGAACUUGGUUGUGCAUAUUCCCAAGGAUCACAAACCGGGGACCUUCCCAAAGGCACUUUCUAUUGAAAGCCUCUCACCUACAGACAACAGUAACAGUGUAAACUGGAGGACAGGCAGCAUCUCUUUGGGAAAGCAGAACUGCUCUACUCCAAAAGAGUCUGGAUUGAUGGCUUGCUGUCCUAAAGAGAGCAGAAUUAGUAUUUAUGAUAAUGUGCCAGGUUCCCAUUUGUAUGCUAGUACUGGGGACCUCCUGGACUUAGAGAAAGAUGUCCUUUUUCCUCAUUUAGAUGACAUUUUGCAACAUGUCAAUGGACUCCAGGAGGUGGUAGAUGGCUGGUCAAAGAAUGUGUUGCCAGGUCUGCCGGUUGAUGAUGUGUCAGUCAGGGAAUCUCCGUCGUUGCCUUUCCAGUCGCCCACACAGAUCACUCUUGAUUUUGAAGGAAACUCUGUCUCUGAUGGCCAGACCACACCGAGUGACAUGGACAGAGAUGGGACAUCCCUGAAUGAAUCUGAAGCCACUGCUGUUAGGGACAGGAGAGACUCUGGGGUGGGAGCAUCACUCACAAGGCCAAGCAGGCGAUUACGAUGGCAUAGUUUCCAAAUCUCUCAUCGCCUGAGCCACUCCAUCGCAUCACUUCACAUCAGCAAUCAGUCAGCAGCCCAACUGAAUCUACUGCAAAAAUUCUCUCUGCUUCGUCUUACUGCCAUCAUGGAAAAAUACUCCAUGUCCAACAAACAUGGCUGGACCUGGUCUGUGCCAAAGUUCAUGAAGAGGAUGAAAGUCCCUGACUACAAGGACAAGAACGUCUUUGGUGUGCCUCUGAUAGUUCAUGUCCAGAGAACAGGGCAGCCUCUUCCCCAGAGCAUACAGCAAGCACUACGCUAUUUACGGAACAACUGUCUAGAUCAGGUGGGUCUGUUUCGAAAAUCUGGAGUGAAAUCCCGAAUCCAGGCCCUACGUCAGAUGAACGAGAGCUCCCCAGAAAACGUUAGCUAUGAAGACCAGUCGGCAUAUGAUGUGGCAGACAUGGUAAAGCAAUUUUUCAGGGACUUGCCGGAACCUCUCCUCACAAGUAAGCUAGGAGAGACUUUUCUACACAUCUACCAGUAUGUCCCCAAGGAGCAGCGGCUGCAGGCGGUGCAGGCAGCCAUCAUGCUGAUGUCCGAUGAGAACCGGGAGGUUUUGCAGACUCUGCUGUGCUUCCUGAGCGACGUCACCUCUGUGGAGGAGAAUCAGAUGACUCCUAUGAACAUAGCUGUUUGUCUGGCCCCUUCCCUCUUCCAUCUCAAUAUAGUGAAGAAAGAAAGCUCACCGAGAGUCAUACAGAAAAAAUAUGCAACAGGGAAGCCAGAUCAGAAGGACCUCAGUGAAAACCUGGCAGCUACUCAGGGACUUGCUCACAUGAUAAUGGAAUGCAACAAACUUUUUGAGGUCCCACACGAGAUGGUCACCCAGUCCCGAAACUCCUAUGUCGACGCAGAAGUGCAUUCUCCCACCCUGGAUGAGCUCGGGAAACAAGUGGAUGAGGAAGGAGGGAACUAUCAGGUGUACCUGGAAAGUCUCAUGCAGAAUCUCCAGAAAGAAGCAAAAGAGAAAUUCAAAGGAUGGGUCACGUGUUCCAGUAUAGAGAACACAGAACUCGCCUACAAAAAGGUUGGGGAUGGGAACCCGCUAAGGCUUUGGAAGGCCUCGGUGGAAGUUGAAGCCCCCCCAUCAGUUGUCCUGAACCGAGUGCUGAGAGAACGUCACCUCUGGGAUGAGGACUUCUUGCAGUGGAAGGUGGUCGAGAGCCUGGACAAGCAGACAGAAGUUUACCAGUAUGUUUUGAACAGCAUGGCUCCUCAUCCUGUCCGAGACUUUGUCGUUCUAAGGACAUGGAGGACGGAUUUGCCGAAGGGGAUGUGCAUGCUGGUUGCCAUCUCUGUGGAGCACGAAGAGGCUCCUCUUAUGGGAGCUGUGCGAGCCAUCGUGAUGGACUCUCAGUACUUGAUAGAGCCAUGUGGCUCAGGAAAAUCCAGGCUGACCCACAUCUGCAGAAUUGACCUGAAAGGACAUUCCCCAGAGUGGUACAACAAAGGCUUUGGACAUCUGUGUGCAGCAGAAGUUGCCAGAAUCAGAAACUCAUUUCGGCCUCUGAUUGCCGAGGGACCAGAAACAAAAAUCUGAGGAAGUGUUCCUGGGAGCGUGUGAGCAUAAAUUGGGGUCUGGCAGGGAACAGGAAUACUGAAGGCGAAGAUCUUAUUUAAGCUGCAGAAAUCUGACCAGCCCUGGGUCUGUACAAAGCUGAAACAGGAAUUUUAUAGGAAAGUUCUUUUGUUCUGGAGACUUCACCUCCCCCUGCCACAUACCUUCUGUAUUAAUUUCAAUUAUUGAAGUAAACAUUUCUUCAGAGAGCUUUUAUCAUUAUUACUUUAAACCCAGACUAUUGCCAUUACUUGUGUGUUAUAUAACUCUGGUAUUUAAAGGCUUCUAAGAAGCAUAUUUUAAUUGUAAAUAAAUUAUGUACAGUAUGUAUAUAUUUAUCUAUAUUAUAUCUAUCUAUAUAUAUGUAUAUGUAUAAAUUAAUUAUUUUGUAUAUAACUCAGUGCAAAUCACUUGCAUCAGUUGGACCUUAAGUGAAUCUGUCACUUGUUUCUUAGUGUGUCACUGCUGCAUAAGCUGUGUUUGCUAUUAUCACAGGGCUACCAGGCAUAAUCCGUGUGAUAACAGAAACGCCUGUUCUCAAAUAUGUUUCGUGUUUGUGUAUGCUGUGAGAAGGUACCUAGAAAUAGAUGUAGGAAGACUUUAAAGAACUAAGGAAGAAGGAGGUUACUGUACGUUUAAACAUAAUGAGUGGAUCAGUUUCACAAAGUAAAAUACAUGGAAAUGUAACUGAGAUAGAUAGACAUUUUGAAGGCCAUUUACAUUCAGCUGCAGAAUUGUGACUGUUAGUACAAGGUGUUGAAAACUUACCUAUUGCCUUAAUUAAUGGUGUAUCUGCCGCUAGAGAACCUCACGAUGUGCAGCAUUCAAAGUAACUGCUCAUUCUUGGAGAGUACAAGAUAACGCUGUGUGUACUGAGGUGUCUGAAAUCAGACCGGUAAGUUAUUAAGCUGUAAAUCUUUUUUUUUUUUUAGCAUUUUGUCUAGGUUCUGAGUAAGUGUUUCUGUGUUGUUCUUUCCUUCUCCUGUAGAGAUGGCUAAUUGUAAAACUCCAAAGCAGAUUUUCCACAUCCAGUGGACACAAAGACAUGCAGAUGAAUACCAUGCCUUUUAAUAUUCUUACUAUACACAUAACUGAACUUUUUUAAGCUUUUAAACACAUCUUGGAGAUUUAAAAGACUAAAUGCAGACUAUGCUUGGAAAGAUUGCUUUUAUAGUAACAGCAAGCAUUUUCAUAUUAUAUUGCACUGAUCUGCAUGAUCCUGCCUCUGUAGGCAUUGGUGGGAGCAGGAUUAGCCCCUGACUAUGAGGAGUAGGAGCCAUUUAAGCCUGUUAUAUCAUUUCAUUUUCAGGGACCUAUUAUUUUGCUAAUGGAAGAACGCUUUAAAAGUAAUAAUAAUAAUUUGUCAACAUUACCUUUCAGGCAGGGUUCCGUUUUGUUUUUAACUAACCUAAGACCAAAAAUGAUACUACAUCUAUGAUUCAAUAAGAAUGUACAAGCCUGUUAAUACUGUUCUUCAUUAAUCACAUUUGUUCACUUUGACUUUAUUUAUUGCUGCAUAAACCAGCUGAGUCAUUCAUAGCCAGUGUUUUAGCUCAGUCCUUCCAACAAAAUCCACUAAGAUUUAGUAUGAGGUCAAUUAAGCGGGAUACAUUUCUUACACGAAGCCACAGUUUUGUGCCCUGAUUCAGUAAAUGGGGAAGUCUCUUCAAAGCCAGUGCUUUGAAUCUGCCCCAGGUAUGGGGGCUGUGGGGUGGACCAUGUGCGGUCCUUGAUCGCUGCUAGAGCACAGUCCCGUGUGCCAUCGUGCACACGUGUAAGGGCCGGGGGACAGCCCUGCAAUCCGAGGAAACAAGCCGGUGGGAGCUCAGGGUGGACGGGGGCAGGGUGGAGCAGCAGGACCCAAAAAAAGUCACUGUCAUCUUCCCCCAUGAGCUGUCUCACCCAUGUUUUAUUGUGCAACUGAUAGGAUCAGGGAGGUUGGCUGCCCAUGAGCUCCUGCCUUGAGUUUAUGGCCAACAAUAGUUGCAAUGUGCAACUAUUGUGUGUUUUUAAGUCUUAAAGACAGAGGAGCGCUCACACCCUUACAUGGCCGUGAUGAGGUCUGGCAGUCAUCAGCCAGCUGCCGGGCACCACCGCUGCCCAGAUCCAGCCUUCCCGGGAGCAAGCGGUGGCUCACGAGCUGGCAGGGCAAGGCCAGUCCCCUGGUUCCAGCGGGAUUGCCAUCCCAGAAAGCGGCACCUCCUCCCCAAAUGCCUGUAGCCACGGCAGCAGGUUUCGUGCCAGCCGUGUUUUCCAAAACACUAGCAAUUAGAGCACUUCUGCUACAUUAGUUUGCAUAAAUGAAUACAACAGUGCCUCAGUAUUAAUGGGCGCAGAAUUUCUGGACCUGGGAAUGGCAAUUGUCUGACAGUAAAUAAUUUCGUAAUGAAAUGAAGGGAAAAUCUGGACAGUGGUUUUAUCCUGUCUGACAAGUCAUCGCUCAGCUGGAAGGGGCCCUGUGCCACCUGCCGCCGUUACCAAGGUAGGGUUGUCCUCCUACCCUUGCAGAAGCUCUGCCGUGCUUCUGGCAUCUCUAAGCCAUGUAUCAGUGAAAUAAGAUUUCUUUAAAAUGCACAUUAUGCCAUGUCUACCAUUCAGCUACCACAGUAUUUUGUAUUGUUACAUUGCCAUUGAGAAUACUUUAUGGUAAUUGCAUUUUUAAAUGUUAUACUCAUAUCAAUACCUCAUAUUUUUACCUCAUCUGUUGGUAUCAGUCAUUAGUUGUAAAUAAAUAAUUGCAGAGUUAAAUAAAUUUGCA